AUGCGCUUACUAUCUUCUCGACGCGUGUUAACGAGAAUGUCUGAACUACAACAAAUGUUCAAUGCGGCAGUGGAGCCCUUGCCUCAGAUCGACGACAAGAGCUUUGCAUCUCAUUUCGAUUCUUUUGCUGGAAAACAAGUCAUGCUUCUUGGUGACGGUAGUCAUGGCACAUCCGAAUUCUAUUCUGCUCGCGCAGAGAUCACUAAGCGACUGAUCGAGCGACAUGGUUACACCAUGGUAGCUGUCGAGGCAGACUGGCCCGAUGCAGAGGCUAUCGAUCGAUAUGUACGCCUCCGUCCGGGUCCAAAGGCACAAAUUGGAGGAGUCGCAAAAGGGUAUGAGCCUUUCAAACGGUUCCCGACCUGGAUGUGGCGAAACUUUGAAAUGCAACGACUCGUUGAAUGGAUGCGUGAUCACAAUCAGAGACUGCCGCCCGAAAAGAGAGCGGGAUUUUACGGACUCGAUCUAUACAGCAUGGGUGCAUCGAUUGGCGCGGUAAUUGACUACCUCGACCGGGUAGAUCCUCAAGCAAGCAAGAAGGCGCGGCAGCGAUACGGAUGUUUGGAGCCAUGGGUCGACGAUCCCACAUCCUACGGAUUGGCAUCCGUACAUGGACUUGAAGACUGUGAAAGCGACGUUCUGAAGAUGCUGAGGGAUCUUUUGGAGAAACGGCUUGACUAUGCACAACACGGUCUUCGGGAUGGCGAUGAGUAUCACAGCGGUGAACAGAAUGCGCAUCUUGUCCGCGAUGCCGAAAAGUAUUACAAGGCCAUGUACUACAGCUCCGUGGGUUCAUGGAACAUGCGCGACAUUCACAUGUUCGAAACUUUGGAACGCCUCCUGCGGCACAAUGAAGGACAAAAGGCGAUCGUAUGGGCGCACAACUCUCAUGUUGGCGAUGCCCGCUAUACAAGUAUGGGCUUCCGACGCAAGGAACUUAACAUCGGACAGCUGUGUCGUGAGCGGCUUGGGCCUGAGAACGUGACUAUUCUCGGGUGUGGAACUCACACCGGAACUGUGGCCGCGGCUCACGAAUGGGACGACGAUAUGGAGGUCAUGGAUGUUCGACCGUCUCGUGAUGACAGCUGGGAGAUUGUUGCUCACGAAACUGGGGUCCCCCGGUUCGUACUGGAUCUGCGUCGUGAUCGCAUAGAUCCUACUCUGCGCUCUGCGCUUGCUGGCGAGCAGCGCUUGCAGCGUUUCAUCGGUGUCAUAUACCGCCCAGACACGGAGCGUAUUUCCCCUUACUCACAGGCAUUCCUUCAUAAGCAGUUUGAUGGGUACAUAUGGUUUGAUGAAACGCAGGCUGUCAGCCCUCUCGAGGUUAUCCAACCUGACACUCCGCUUGGAAAAGGAGAGACCUAUCCAUUUGGUCUAUAG